AUGACCCAGAAGCACUGGGCGCUAGACUGCAGGUAAUUCUAUCCGGGUUAUUUAAAGUGGCUCCAGUUUAGUGUCUUUAUUUGUAGGUUCCAUGUACGCUUGAAUUAAUCAACGAAAUAACAAAGUUAACAACUGGUUUGACUUUUGCACGGGUCAUUUGAAUGGACUGUUGGUGCACAUGUGCACAUUUCUAAACUUGAAAACAAUCAGAGUGCAAAGUGCAUUUGAUUGAUUUCAAUGGUUGAACUUUGACACAGUUUUUUCUUUAACAGACGGACAUCUAGCCAAAGGUCAUGUGCCGUUACAGAAAUGUGUGGAACAUUGACCUUAAACUACGUCCUGCGUUCUUGGGUGGCAUCAUGCAAGGGUCAGGUAAUAAGCCCCCAGGUCUGGUCCCAAACAAGUUCCUGUAUAUGACCACAGACCUGCACCGUCUAGCCCAGUACUUCCAGGUCCCCAUCAGUCCCCCUGCUGACCCCUUUGAGGCCAUGUUUGAAAAAGGCUCGCUGUCUGCCAUGCGCUUUGUGGCGGCGGUACAGGAGAGGGAGGUGGGAGGAGAUAAGCAGGUAGAGCAGGUGUCCCGGGAGCUGUGGAUGAGGAUCUGGAGCCAAGACAAAGACAUUACCCAGCCUGCAUCACUCUCUGAGGCAGCCAUGAAGGCGGGGCUCUCAGCCAGUGAGGUGGAAGAGCUGCUGAAACUGUCCACCUCUAAGGAAAUCAAAGACAAGCUGAAGAGAUCCACCCAGGAAGCACUGGACCAUAGGGCCUUUGGUUUUCCUCUGGCUGUGUGUCAUGUGAAUGGAAAGGCAGAGGUGUUCUUUGGCUCUGACCGGUUUGAGCUCAUUGCCCACUGCAUUGGAGAGAAGUGGAUGGGACCCCAGCCUGUGACUUGAAACAUGAAACUGGGACGUGACUGGGACUUGAAACCUGUCAUAUAUGGAAUUCAUUAAGAUGAAUAAAUACUAUAGAUAUGA